UUUAAUACUGACAGUAAAUAUCGAAACGCAGCUUGUAUUGUAUAAUCAUUCUAAUUAGAAACCAUUUCUUGAUUUUCAUUCUUGCACUGUUACUACUUAUUGAUAUUUCGUUAUAUUCCUUAGAUAUAGUUUAGGCUUCUCAAGUUCUAGAUUCAUUAAAGAGAAGCCAAGGAGAUUUACAUUCAUCAGACUCCACGGUUUCAAUGGCAUCAACUUCGGGUGCUGAAACCUUUUCAUCAGAACAAUAUAAUAUAGAAGACUCGGCCUUUAAAUGGUCACAUUAGGCUAUUCUUCUCUUUAUUGAAGAGUAUAAAAAAUGAAAGGAAGACAUCACACCGACAAUUAUCAGUAUCGGUCGUUACCGAUAAACGUCGGUUGCGUGACCGACAAGAACGAUGCACCUAUUCUCUACAUGGACACUACCGAUAAUCAUCAGUGCAACCGACGAAUUUCAAUCGUCCGUUGACGUCACAAAUGGUCGAGAGACAGUCACGAACAAAAGUGAGGAUACAUCGUAAUUCGACCAAUCGCGUAACGAGUCUACGAGAAAGUCCGCGAUUUUAAAGUCUUACAAACAUAACCGUAUUCAUAUGAGUUAUGUAAUAGAAAAAUAGAGAAGAUACAAGACAAAGAGUAAGAAAGCAUCAUAUCAGAGAGUAGAAGUAGCACUGUUAAAAAGCAGCGUUCUUCGCGUGCAUCAACAUUGCAAAUUGAAGAUAUCCUAUAUGGAAAAGCAUAGCCGUUUCAUCGCCGGCCGAUUUAACGGAAAUGAGGGGAAACUGCAACUAUAGAUGCAGUGGGAUGAACUGCGUAAAAGGCUACAUUCUCUACCCGGGCCAAAGAAGUCGGUCAAGCAGUGGCAAACUGUAUGGCGGGAUCUGAAGAGCGUUUCCUCGAGGAAAGUAAGCAAGUUAAGAGCUGAGCGCUUACGCACAGGCAAUUUUCCAGCUGAAGAAGUCCCAUUGCAGAACAUUGAACAACGCGUAGUGUCUGCAAUUGGUUUAGAUUAUGUUGAGGGAAAUGCGCAUUGUCCUGACAGUUGCGUGGAAGAAGAUGAAAAUAUUGAACGACUUAAGAUGGAUGACGAAGAUCCCCUUUAUCAAAUCUCACAGACGUUAACUUUGCGAGAUACUAUCUUCGCAAACGAGGAAAGAGUGGAAGAGGAAUUUCCCAGCAUUGUUGAUGAGGAGCACUUGACAUUACAAGGUGUCGAAGAAACCGUACUGGAUUAUCCAGAUGCAGUCACAACUGUUGCAGCUGCAAUAGCAGUUGAAGCUAAUUCCGAAACAGGAAGAAGUUUGCCAGUUUCUACAAAAAGGAAGCCAAAUCCUAAAAAAAGAACAGUAGAGCUCGGUAUGCGGAAAUCCACUAUCACAUGCCCUACAACUGACGCUGCUUCGAGCAAUCGAAAAAACAGACAACGUAUCAGUAUGCAGCUUGAAAACGCGCGUGAACAAUUCACCAACAUGGCACAAAGUAACACCUCUGCAUUGAAGGUAAAAAGAAAUCCUAUAAAUAACUUGUUUACUUAA